GCCUGGGGGCGACGUGACAUCAUCCCUAAAGCCUUUGGUUUCCAGCUCAGGAUCUUCCUGCGCUAUUUCAUGUAAGGAUCUAGGAAGUAGUCCCGCUAUCUGAAUCGAGUUGUCUUUAGUUUUUAAAACAGCAGAAGCGGAAAGUUUCUUCUCUAUAUAAGCCAAACAGCUCAGCGAGUAUGUCUUUCGUCCCAGGUCAGCCGGUGACUGCUGUUGUGGAACGAGUUGAGAUUCAGAAGCUGCGGCAAGGAGAGAAUCUCAUCCUUGGCUUCAGCAUCGGAGGAGGGAUAGACCAGGACCCCGGGCAGAAUCCCUUCUCUGAGGACAAAUCUGACAAAGGCAUUUAUGUGACCAGGAUAUCACCUAAAGGCCCAGCAGACUUGGCCGGCUUGAAGAUAGGAGACAAAAUAAUGCAGGUGAACGGUUGGGACAUGACCAUGGUGACUCAUGAUCAGGCUCGUAAAAAACUAACAAAGAAGAGAGAGGAUGUGGUGCGACUGCUAGUAACCAGGAAGUCGCUUGAGGAGGCUGUCAAACAGUCUAAGGGCUGUUAUCACAAACCCUAGUGUGCUGGCUCUACUUUUACACAGACUAAUGCAAUAGCCAAGGAAUGAAGACUCACAUGGAGAACAAAUACUCCCCCAAAUAGUUGCACCGUGGCCUUUAUACUCCAGUAAUGCAAAAAUAAAUAAGUAAACAAACUGAGACCGAUCAGUCUGUAGAAAAUGAGACUCUGUUAUUUGUUUUGUUUUUUUUCUCUCAUUUGUGGCAUAUCCAAUUGUAACCGAUCUCAGUAAAUUAUGUGAAAUAACGCUGCUUGAGUAACAGCAUUCGAGAUAUUUGCAGUGAUUAUCAUCGUCAUUUGUACUUAACUCAACUUAAAUUAGCAUUGGGGUUUUUUGAAUAUGGGUUAUUUGGGAACAAUACGAGUUUAAUUUGUUUUCCACCAGCUGACCAAAGUGAAACCGGACACACUGGAUACACCCAGAAAAAUUCACUGUUGUUUAUUCAUCUCAGUUAAAGAACCAAUAUUUUUCUGUCACUAAUACAGCAUCAAAUGCCAAAGUAAAAUCAAAGUUUGUGUAAUUUAGUAUUUCCAGUUUUCUUUUUCUUUAAAUAAUGGUACAGUAGAUUGUAUAAAAUCUAUGCAAAAAAUGUCAAUAGAGCAAAUUUUCAAUGUGUCUUUUCCCUAAUGAUAAUUCUACUGAUGCAUCACAUUUUCCAAGUUGCAUUCACUUUAACAUCCUCUCACCUUAUGCAUCUGUUAAAGUAACAACACAGCCAGAAUUACAGUAAAGGUGUUUCAUAUGAACGUUACUUCACAUGUUGGAUGUUUCUGGAUGCACACUUGUCAAAUGAGCUUUAUCAAUUUCAGCAUAUUUGCUUCCAGUUACCUUUUAUCGGCUUCAGAAAAAGAACAAUGCUUGUUUGUUUGUUUUUUCCCGGAGGAGAUGUCAUUCAGCAGUUAGCUCCACUGAGACCGCCUCGAGGUUUAAAUAGUUUUGUUUCUUGUCACUGAACAAAAGUCCAGUUUGAAACUAUAAAUCAGAGCCAAGAAGGAGUGAAUGUUGUUUGUUAACUUGAAAAUGUGCACAGCAGCCUUAAAUGUAUUAACACUAAGUUUUAACAAUUCAUUUCCAAUUUACCAGUGUGGUAUGAUCUCAGUAGUGCAUCUUUGAUGCAACAUGUAAUAAAUGACACUGGAGAUGACUGGUUUACUUCUAAUAAUCAGUAUGUUUGCUAUGAAACCUUUUUGUACUGAAACCGAUACUGUGCUACGUUUCUUUUACUUUUGGGUGAACUUACUUUUUUUGGGGGUAUGUAAGUUGCUUAUAAAAUAUUAGAUUUUUACAAUAUUAUACAAGCAAUAAUCAAGUUUGUAAAAUGGAAGUUUUGCUCAAAUAAAAUACCUGUAUAACUGUAAAAAAACAAA